AAUAUAUGUCACAGCAAGAUGAAGCGACGAAGACGCGAGCUUUGACCAACACCGAGCAGGCGAUGUUGACGAGGCGCUAUGAAUGCAAUCCGCGAGUUGCUAUGUAUUGAAGAUGUAUGAAACACUAAUGUAGUAAUCCGUACAAAGCCAAACGAUAUGGCCAAACUGGUGGAUGCUGGGCUUCAGCGCGAGGCGGAAGGGCUAUUCGCGAGCACGGAUGAAAUCCUCAUCGCGGCGUUUCAUGUCUUGAAGGUCAAGCAGCAGGGGGAGUCCACGGGGACGCAGCUGCUGAAGGCGCUCGGCGGCAAGACAUUCCUCGCUAAGGAGGCGCCCCAGCCGCGGCUGCUGUGCCUGACAGUACGGCGCAGCAAGACCACACGCGGCUUCAAACCCUCGCUGCACAUACGGCACCCGCCCGACGCCUCCCGCGGCGCUUCUGGCGCCUCACACCAUGCCCACACCGCCUCCGCCGCCGCCGCGGCCGCAGCCACCAAGUCCUACCCUCUGAAGACGCUGACGGAGAUCCUGGUCCCCGCCUCCAAGUACGAGCACAACCCCGCGCACCUGCUGGAGCUACACUUCAGCGGCACCGGCGCCUACAGCAAUGCUCGCGGCGAGGUGGUGAACCAGCUCAAGCUGCGCAGCGGAGAGGAGCUGAUGCUGGUGCUGGCGCUGCUGCUGGCGCUGCUGAGGCAGAACAACUACCGGCUGCCUGCGCUGAGCGGUGCGGAUGCGGGCGAGGUGCAGGGCUGGUGGCUGGGCCAGGCGGCGGCGGUGCUGCCGCUGCUGGGGCCCUUCGCGGCUGAGGUGCUGCUGCCGGGCGGCGAGGGCGGCGGCGGCGAGGGGUCGGGCGGCCCGGGCGGCGGCGGCUCGCGGGUGCUGCUCAGCGCCAAGGAGGAGCGGGACCUGGAGGAGUUGUUGGACAUGUUCGCAAUGGGGGUGGGCGACGUGGCGGAGUUUGAGGCGCGGCUGGCGGCGGAACACGAGGCGCUGGAGGCCGCCAACGUGCACACCAUCAUGUCCACCAAGCCCGCGGCGGAUGCGGUGGUCUUUGCCAUCAAGAAGACGCAGAGCAUGCUGGAGGACCUGGACGAGACGCUGCUGGUGUUUGACACCAAGCUGCGCCACAUGCGGGAGGACAUCGCCGCCAUUGAGGCCUCCAACAACAGGCUGGAGCUGUCGGCGCGCAACAACACCAAACUGCUGCACAGCCUCCAGGAGCUGCUGUCUGACCUGGCCCUGCCGCCCGACACCGCCGCACUGCUGGAGGCGCCGCCCUUCGCCGCCAUAGCCGCAGCAGCAGCAUCCGCCAGGUCCGACCGCGGCCCCGACGGCCGCCUGGCCGCCGUGUGUCGCGCCGCCUGGUCGCUGGCGGCGGCGCUGCGGCGGCUGGACCCGGGCGGGGGGCAGGGCCGCGGACUCAGCCCCUACCUGCUGCAGAUGAGGGUGGCGCAGGAGGCCCGCGAGUCUCUGACCUCGCUGGCGGGCCGCUUCACAGCCGCCGCCCUGGCCCACCUGCGGGCGCUGUAUGCGGCGGGGGUGGAGGAGGUGCUGGGUGCACUGGCGGCCGGGACCGACAAGGCGGCCAAGCUGGUUCCGCCGCCCCACGACCGCCUGCGCACGGCGCUGUGGCGGCAUGCGGAGCUGGUCCGCUGCGUGGCGGCGCUGGAGCGGGGCGGCGGCGGCGGCGGCAGCUCUAUGACGCGGCUGGCUGUGUCGUACUGCCAGCCGCUCAACAUGCUGCUGCGCAAGGAGCUGCGCAUCAGUGUGGCAGAGCUGCGCAAGGCCGCCAGCCUGGACAUGCAGGCCAACCCCAUCGACUACGGCCUCACCAGCAGCUCCAACCGCCUAGGAGGGGGCGGCGGCGCGGCGGGCGCAGGAGGCGCGGGGGCGGGCAGUGUGAUGGGCAGCGGUCGCGGGCCGGCGGGCAGCGUGGUGGGCACGUCCGUGGUGGGCAGCAGUGAGGACGCGGGCGAGCACGACGACGUGCGCAGUCUGGCGCCCAGCGACCACCUGGGUCUGGGCGCCUUCGCGGGGGGCCCGCUGUCCAGCGCCUCGCGGCAGAGCCGAUCCACCUUCAGGAGCAUCGUGUCGCGCACGGGCGGUGGCACGUACGACCCCUUCAACAUGGCCAUCCCCCUGCACGAGGCCUGGCAGGGCCUCCUGGAGGGCUACCUGCCUCACCUGUUGGCGGAGGCGGAGAGCGCGGCGGCGGUGCUGCUGCUGCACCGGGGCGACAUGAGGGACCUCAUUCCGCCAGACGCGCUGCUCCCACCGCCGCCCGACCCGGACGAAGACCCAGACGCCAGCGGCGGCGGCGGCCGGCGGCGCCGCGGCAAGUCGGGUCGCAGCGGCGGCGGCCGCAGCCGCAGCCGCGCUCGUGCGGAGGAGGCGGCGGCCGCCGCGGCGCUGACGGCGGCGGCGGCGGCAGGCGGCGGCGGCGGGGAGGGCGGCGGCGGCGGCGGCGGUCCGGAGCGGCCUCUGAGCCGCACGGGGCGACAGGUGGUGGAUGCGUUGCUGUCGGGCUGCGACGCAGAUUUCAUGGUGCUUGUGGACCUGACCGCCAAGUCCCACCAGGUCCUGUGCCUGCCCAUGAUGGCCCUGGCCUCGCGCUGCAUCGCCGCCCUCGCCCCCCGCGGCCCCGUGGCGGCUCCGCUGCAGCUGCUGCUGGCGCACUGCCACGCCCGACUGGGAGCCAACCUGGCCAAGUGGGUGGAGGCGCAGCGGGCGGCGGUGGAGGCGUACGGCGCAAGGCUGGCGGGCGCGGGAAGCGUCAAGUCGCACCACGUGGUCAACUUCAUCUCCCAGUUCGCACUCAUGGCACACCACAUAGAGGUGAUGCUGUCGGAGACCCCUGACGCCCUCAUAGAGCAGCUCUCAGGCGGCGCGGCAGUAGCAGACCCCGCCACCUCGGCGGCAGUAGCAGACGGCAGGCGGCGGCGCGGCGGAGCCGGCGGCAGCGGCAGCAGCACUGGGAGAGGCGGCAGGGGCGGCGGUGACGGCGGCGGCAGCGGCAAUGGCAAUGGAAGGGCGGCAGGCGGCGGCGGUGGUGAGGGAGAGGACGAGGAGGAGGAGGAAGAUGAGGAGGCGAGGCAGCGGCGGGAGCUGGUGCAGCAGGCGGCCAGCUGGCAGGCCCGGCCCGAGGUGGACUCUGUGUACAGCGGUCUGGUGGGUCUGAUGUUCGGCGCACUGGAGCGGGUGGCGGCUAGCGACACCAAACACGGAGACCGGCUCAGGGCUGAGAACUACGGCUACUUCGUGGAGGCGGUGCGGCCGCUGGUGCGACACGUGGCGGCGCUGGAGCCGGCCAUGGUGCAGGCGGAGGCCAAGAUGGUGGGGGGGGGGGAGGGGGGAGCGGGCGGGGGGUUGGGGGGGCUGGGGGCUGAGAACUACGGCUACUUCGUGGAGGCGGUGCGGCCGCUGGUGCGACACGUGGCGGCGCUGGAGCCGGCCAUGGUGCAGGCGGAGGCCAAGAUGGAGGAAUCUCUGUCCCGCUACGUGCGCUCGCAGCUGGCCUACACCAACCUGUGGAAGCUGCUGGAGGCCAGUGAGCGCAUGGACCAGUUGUUGCAGGUGGUGUCGCCUGCCGAGGUGCCCUACCAGGCCGGCUUCUCCGCGGCGGACGUGCGGGCGUUGCUGAGCAGCAGCCUCAAAGACGUGGAUAAGAAGGUCCAGCGGAUGUACGCGCGGGUGAAGAAGCACCUGGGCAACUCCAACCUGGCCUACCGGGUGUGGGAGCGGCUGUACGAGCAGCUCGUUGAGCGCUACUCGCGUCUGGACCAGCAGCUGGCGGCCUGCUACCCCGCGCUGCAGCUGAGCCCGGGGCUGGAGGAGCUGCAGGACGUGUUCAGGAGCGUAGGGCCGCAGUCAGCAACCAGCCCCUGAGGGGAAGGCGGUGUGUGGGGGGGGCGGGCGCAGUCCGCAACCAGCCCCUGAGGAGUGGGAGGAGGAGCAGCAGCAGCCCCUCAGCCCCUGAGGGGGAGCGAGAGGCAGCAGGAGGGCAGGCAGGGGGCCAGGAGGAGGGGAGUGCUAUAUGCGGGAGCCCAAUCCUCAGGUACCAAGCGAGGGCGGGGGAGCGGGAGGAGAUGGCCGUGUGCGUGUUAGGGGAGGGGGCCCAGGGAAGGGAGUGGCGCUGAAAUCGCCCCGACCUCCCCCCGCUCCACCCCGCCCCUGCACGCUGCGGGCCUGGCUGUGGUGCGGCAGCUGGGCCUGCAUGCUGCCGCGGGGGCGCGCAGUUCUAGGGAAACAAAUGAGAGGAUGAGAGUACGAGGCAAAAUGAGGAGAGUGAAAGCGAGGGUAGUGCGUGAGAGGCAGAGAAGGUGCGUGAGAGGACGAGAGGGUGUGUGUGAGGAAGAGAGAGGAGUAUGAAAAUGUGGAGAAGUAUGAAAGUGAUGUAUGGCAGUAUGGGACUGCGCAGAAUGGGGAAUACGUAAUGCAUGGCACUUUGACAUGUGGUAUAACCCUGUCGCAGCCGCACCGUUUGACAUUCUCAACCACACGGCGUGGCAGCCUGCAGUGGCGCCUACAGCCUGCCACCAGCCGCCCAGCGUCAUGCGGUCAUACUGUGUGUGCGUACAGCUGAGUCGGCAUCUGGACACACCUACCUUACG